CUUCCAAGAUGGAGGAAGGAUGGCACCUUGAUGCUUUUGACGACGGUUCACUAAAACUCGUCGGCGAAGCACAGUUGAAAAAAUAUGGUCAAUUUUUGGAGGAAUACGCUUCACAGCUUAAAGCGAUCGAGGAUGCCUUGGACGACUCUGUUGGAGAUUCGUGGGAUUUCAGUCUUGAUCCCAUCGCGUUGCAAACACUGCCGUAUGAGCAGUCAAGGAUGUUGGAGCUUAUCAAGACAGAAAACAAGGUCUUCAACAAAGUGAUCAUGGUGUUUGCUUCCUUGUGUCGGGAAAUGGAUCUGCUGAAGCAUGAGGCCACAACAAAGUUCUACACACCUCUGUUGCUUUACGAAGAAGCAGGAGCAGAUAAAGAGCAGGUCCAAGAAGGAGACAAUCAAGUUCGUCUCGGACGAAUGUUACCUCUGCUACAAGAUAUCUCUAGUUUUGUGAUACGUGCCUAUGAAGUUGUCAAGAACGUGAUCCAGCAGUUAGCUUCAUUACAUUCAAAAGAGGGUCCUAAAGUGAUGGAUGUGACUGGAGUUCAUUUCACAACUGUUUUUGAACAUCUUGCUGGACUGCUUGGAGUGCUAAUCACUUUGGAUGAGAUUAUGGAUGCCAGUCACACUCUAAAAGAACACUGGAAGCAAUACAGAAGAAUGUUAAAAUCAGUACACAACAAUACUGCUUUGUUUGAGAUUGACGAGGCAAAGCUGCGUCGGCUUGAAAAACUCCUCAUGAGUUUGGAAGGGCAACUCCUUGAUGGUGUUAUAUUACAGAACUGCAUUGACCAGCCAUUUGAUAGUCAGUUCAUAAGAGUGGCAAGAAAUGGUGAAUUUGGCGAGGAAUUCUUAUACAAUAUCAAAGUCAUCUUUCAAAGUCUUGAUACAAGAAUGAAUGAGCCUCAUGAGGUUGAUCAGCGUCACAAGAUUGUUGGCCUGCUUGGUUUGUUCAUCUUACAACAUCAGAUCUACAGGGGCAUCGACAGGAAGUUCUUUAGCAAGUUUUGGGACAUUCACAAAAAGGUCCCAGCUGUGCAUCUUGCAGGAGACAUUAUGUUCUUUCCAAACGAAUUUCUUCUUCGAAAAAUUCCUCAUCUAAACAAGAUUGUGGACAAGAAACAGAGGCAAGCUGUGGAAUCCUCUAAGGAACAGUACUUGACCAACUGUAAUCAAAACUUGGUCAGGGAUGCACAGCUGUACCAGAUGCAGGUCAGUUCCUGGAUGGUUCACAUGGAGUCCAGCCUCAACAAGGGAGGCUCCUUGGUUGACGAUCUCAACACACGAUGUGUCCUAUUCAUUAAGGGAGUCCUUAUAGCACACACUGUGAGUCACUUGGUGCGAACUAUCAUGAACAUGCAUCUGGUGUUAUCGAAACCACUGACCAAGUCUUGUGUAAUGGCCCUGUGCAGGCUUACAGAGCUUUUAAAGGCCAUCGAGCACACGUUUCACCGGCGCAGUAUGCUGAUAGCAGAAAGUGUUAAUCACAUGAUCCAGCAUCUGACGUUCAUGGCAUUAGCUUGUAUUGACACCGCUAAGAAACGUAUUGCAGCCGACAAGAAAUACACAGACAAACGACUUGACGUAUUGGCAGCGCUUGUCUUGGUGCAGAAUGCUCUCAAUGGUCCAGCCACAAAGGAGCGUAGACUUGUCGCCAUGUUAGGCCUUCAUGUAGGCGUCCAGAUGAAAUCUUUCAGAGAUGACGAGAUGGCCAGUCUAACCAGUGUAAUGAAACGAAUAAACCUGGUCAGUGAUCUGAGAGCAAGAGUCAGAAAGGCGUGUGACUGUGGAUUUCUUCACUGGCACAGGGUUGUCUUUCCAACGUACUUCACAGACUUGUAUGAAAGUGCGACAGAUGUGCAUCGAAUUCAUUACAUGAUUAGCGCGCUGGGAGACUGUGUCCCAGUCCUUCAACGAGUGAAACACGAACCAACACCGCAAGUCAUGCUGGAAGUGUUUGAGAAAGAAAUUGGUGACACACUACAUGAAAACUUGCUUCAACCACUGUGCCGUGACAUUGAAACAGAUCUACGACUUCACAUCCAUCAGCAUCUGCAGUUAGAUGACAGAAAUCCCUUCAAGGUUGGAAUGAGAGACCUUUCUCAGUUUUUGAAAAUGAGGCCAGUCAGAUUUUUCCAUCAGUUCAUCAACAUAACACGUGACUCAUUACCUGGAUGCGACAUUCUAUAACUUGACGACAGUAGCCCUUCAUGAUUGGAGAACCUACGGAGAGAUGAGAAACCAAGCAAAGCAAAAAUAUGGCCUGGAAAUGACUGAAGCUCACCUUCCCAGCCAAACCCUUGAACAGGGUCUGGACGUGUUGGAAAUUAUGAGGAACAUUCACGUGUUUGUCUCUCGGUAUCUGUACAAUCUCAACAACCAGAUUUUCGUCGAACUUGCAUCCAAUAACAAACAUUUGAACACCAUAAAUAUCCGUCAUAUUGCAAAUUCCAUUCGCACACACGGCUCAGGGAUCAUGAACACAACCGUGAAUUUCACUUAUCAGUUUCUGCGCAAGAAAUUCUUCAUCUUUUCCCAGUUCUUGUACGACGAGCAUAUCAAGGCAAGACUCAUCAAGGAUAUCCGCUUCUUCAAAGAGACGAAGGAGCAGUUGGAUCAAAAAUACCCAUUUGAACGGGCCGAGAAGUUCAACAAGGGAAUCAGGAAACUGGGUUUGACUCCUGAGGGUCAAACAUAUCUGGAUCAGUUCAGAACUCUGAUUAGCCAAAUCGGGAAUGCUAUGGGCUAUGUUCGAAUGAUUCGCUCUGGAGGUCUCCAUUGCUGUAGCAAUGCCAUUAGGUGA